AUGCCUGGUUUUAAGGAGACGGUUCAACUUGCUUGGUCGGCGCCUUCUACACACACCCAGCAGGAUCACAGUAUAAAUCACAAGCUAAAGGCCACGGCGCUUGGGCUGAAAUCUUGGAGUAAAAGUCUCUUCUCCGAUUGCAAACUUCAGCUCCUUAUGGCUUUGGAUGUCAUUCUGCAACUCGACAUUACGCAGGAAUCUCGAGACCUCUCUUUUGAAGAAAGAAACCUUCGCGCUGACCUUAAACGGCGGGUUAAAGGUCUUGCUGCCCUGGAACGGUCCCGUAAGCGCCAAGCUUCCAGAAUCCGAUACCUUCGGGAGGGCGAUGCCAAUACAAAAUUCUUCCAUCUUCGGGUUAAUGCUAGGAAGCGCAAAAACCACAUCCUAAGGCUCAAACAUAAUGAUGGUUGGGCUGUGACACAUGAAGAAAAGGACAAGCUGAUCUUCGAUCAUUUCUGCCAAGCCCUAGGUCGACCCCCUCCUCGCCAGCUGGACUUCAACUGGGAGGCCCUGAACCUCACCUCUCAUUCCUUAGAAGACCUGGAUCUUAGAGGAGGCUACGUCAUCGCCAUAGACCCGCUUCAGAGGAUCUUAGAGGAGGCUACGUCAUCCGGGUUUCUUCACGCUAUGCCGGGAGAUUUGACGGGCCCCCGAAUCUCUUUAUAUGCCGAUGAUGCGGCCAUCUUCUUAACCCCCACAGUGCACGACCUCGACGGACUUGCCAACAUUCUUCAACAGUUCGGGGAGGUUACUGGUCUGGUGACCAAUGUGGCGAAGAGCUCCAUCACCCCCAUCCAGUGCUCUAACGUCGACCUAGAUGGAAUUCUAGCAAACUUCCCGGCGGUCACAGUCCCCUUCCCCAUAAAGUAUUUGGGGCUACCUAUCUCUCUUGGACGACUCAAGCGGGCAGAUCUCCAACCCUACAUCGACAAAGCGGUUGCACGCCUGAACCCUUGGAAAGGCAGAUUUCUAAAUCGCGCGGGUUGCACCGCUCUUGUUAAGUUGGUGCUCUCCUCUAUGCCGAUCUUCCUGUUGACGGCCUUGAAAGCUGACAAGGGCAUUCUUAAGGCCUUUGCAAAGAUCAGCCGUGGCAUGCGAUGGGCUUGUCAGGAGACGGUCAGCGGAGGAAAAUGCAAGGUAAACUGGCAAAAGGUUUGCCGACCCAAGGAGCUUGGUGGGCUUGAGAUUCUAGACUUGGAAAAAAUUUCUCGUGCCCUAAGACUCAGAUGGCUUUGGUACGAAUGGACAGCCCCAGAAAAGCCAUGGGUGGGUUCAGAAACACCAAUUGAUGCCUCGGAUUUGGCCCUCUUCAACGCCGCUACUACUGUCACCAUCGGCGAUGGCGCUAAAGCCUCCUUCUGGUCUUCUUCUUGGAUUAAUGGCACCCCACCUAAAGACCUGGCUCCUCUUAUAUAUGUGGCAUCAAAAAGGAAAAAUCGGACUGUCCGAGACGCCCUUGAAGGUCACAACUGGGUGGCUGACAUCUUGGUCGAGGCUUUCACCAUCGAUCAUAUGGAGCAAUACGUUCGCCUUUGGGAUCUCCUUUCGGCUGUUCAACUUUCUCCAGGCACGGAGGACUCAAUAGUUUGGACGCUGACUCCCAAUGGGUGUUAUACGGCCAGUUCUGCCUACAAAGCUCAGUUCUUCCCUGCUUUGCCUUGCUCCUUUGGUAACAUUGUUUGGAAACCUUGGCCCCCACCAAAAUGCCAUUUCUUUGCAUGGCUUGCGGUGCAAAACCGCCUCUGGACUGCUGAUCGUCUUGCCAAACGAGGAUGGCCGCAUCAACCUUCUUGCCAGCUAUGCAGAUGCUCCCCGGAAACGGCUCGGCACCUGCUCUUCGAAUGCCGCUUCUCUAAGAGAAUAUGGAUUGCUGCGGCUUCCUGGUUGGACUGCCCGGACCUUAUCCGCUGCCUCGGGGCGGGGAGGUCUAGAGUGUUGGACUACUGGCAUGCUAUCGCAAAAACUCCCACCUCCUCUCCCAAAGGUUUACGAACUGCAAUCAUGCUUAUCAGUUGGGAGAUAUGGAAAGAGAGGAAUGAGCGGGUCUUCAACAAUAAAUCUUCCUUGCCCUUGGUUGUCAUGCAAAAGAUCAAGGAUGAAGGGAAGGACUGGGUCCUUGCCGGCGCUAAGAAUCUGGCGGAUCUUAUAGGCUGA